CAUUUCGAUACUUGUCACGUGCCUAUUUCAAACGUAGCCCCAGACUAAAAUUGCAAACUCAUAAUUCUUUAAUACUCGUAUACCUUAUAUCUUUUAUAACGCCAUAACCAUGUGCUUCAUGAUGAAUGGAUGCAAGUACAUAGCUGACGCCCAUCCGAAGCGGUUUGCAAAUAUCGUGCAUCCCGCCGCCAUAGGAUUGGUUUUAGUAGGAACCGUCCUGUUUUUCUCGCUGGAAAUGUUCUAUAUAUUGCCCAUGAUUUACGACCCCAAUGGACUGUUCUUCAAGAUCGCCUGGCUUAUCGCGCUGUUCAUCGUCUACAACUUACUGGGAAAUAUGCUUGCCUGUCAUCACACUUCCUCUGAGGUGACUUCCUUGCCCAAGGAUCGGCAGAUACCGUCUCCAGAGGAGGAGCACCUGUGGCACUUCUGUGACCACUGCCAGAUGCUAGUGCCGCCGAGAUCCUGGCACUGCAAACUGUGUAAAUGCUGCAUUCUGAGACGGGACCAUCACUGCAUCUUCACGGCGACUUGCAUUGGCCACAAUAAUUACAGGUACUUUUUCUGGUUUACAAUGUACAUGCUUAUUGGAUCUUUUUUGUCUUUGGCAACGCAUAUACAUCUGCUUUUAAUUAAUGAAGACAUGCGGGGGCAAUAUGCGAUACUUCACAUUACACACAUUAUCCUGCUUAUCAAACCAAUUAGUUUCGAGGCAAUAGCACUGAACAUAAGUUUUAUUUUCAACAUAUAUGCCUGCAUUCUGCCACUUAUAAUGUUGGGGUAUCAGAUACCAGCUCUAUAUCUGAAUACCACGUUCUAUACGCUGAAGGAUCGAAGUUACAAUCAGGGACUGCGAAGGAACUUCAUGGCCUUUAUGGGAAAACGAGGCCUCUGCACUUUUUUCUCGCCCCACAUUAGGAGUCCUCUACCUCACGAUGGAACCCAGUGGCAAACUAAGCCUUCAAGCAGUACUGUCUGAUAACACCCUCCAUUAUCUCCAAAAUUACCUGUAUAAUUUUCAUCGCAUCUAUUAUUAAUAUCUUAUAUAAGUCAAUUUGGCAUACCCUUCACAGCAAAAGCAAUAAGAAAUCCCAAGAAUCUCAUUAUAAAUACAAUUUCAAAGCACAGAUAAA